AUGACACAAUACGACACAAUAGGCAAGCAGUACACCGAUGUCUUCGACUCCCUUCCCUACCGAGAUAUGGAAGUCGUCAAUGUAUACGCCGCUCUCGAGUCGAUCCUUCGCCCUGACUUGAACGUCAUCGAAUUUGCAUGUGGCGCGGGCUUCUACACGGACAAGCUUCUGUUAUGGGGCGCGAGCUCUGUGACCGGGAUAGACAUUUCCAAACGCAUGAUCGAACUCGCUUGUCUACGCCUCGUGCCAACUCCGUAUAACAACCUAGCGCGUUUCGUUGUCGCUGAUGGAACAGCUCCGCGCUCACAUAGCGCCGGCGGCGAGAUGGAGGCAUACGACAUUGCGUUUGCUGCGUGGUUCCUGAAUUAUAGCGCGACAGCUGCCGAGUUGACUGCUAUGUUUACCAGCGUGGCCAUCAACCUGAAGUCGACCGGCGUGUUCAUUGGUGUCGUUCCACAUCCCACAGAAAACCUCGAAGCCCGCGCAGAGGCAUGCGCAACGGCUCCGCUGAACAGACUUUACCCGCGCAAUGAAUAUACGGGAGAGCUGGACAGUGGUGACGGGUGGGGUCUACGGGUUUACCUUGACGAUCAGGGCACAAACUUCAUGACGUACCACUUACGUCCCUCCGUGUAUAAAAGUGCGGCGCGCGCGGCGGGUUUAAAGGGCAGACUUGAGUGGCGGCGCGAGAUUCUGCUCGACGAUGAGAUGUGGAGAAUGAAAUUGCGACUGAGCGAGGAGGAGUGGACGAUCAAGAAGAAAAACCCGCACUUGGGCAUACUGAUGAUUUGGAAGAAUUGA